AUGAAGCGCCUCCUUGGUCUCUCCGUCCUUCCUAUUCUCGCCUCGGCGUCACCUGUGCUGGUGGACUCUAUCCACAAUGAUGCAGCUCCUAUACUUUCGUCCAGCAAUGCGAAAGAGCUACCCAACUCCUACAUCAUCGUUUUCAAGAAGCAUGUCACGGAAAAUGUUGCCGCAGCUCAUCACAGUUGGGUGCAAGAACUUCAUCUUGAGAAACAGAACACCAGGACAGAGCUCCGGAAGCGAGACCAGUUCCCAUUCUCGGAUAUGAUUUUCGAAGGGUUCAAGCAUACGUAUAACAUUGCUGGAGGUUUCCUAGGCUACUCCGGUCACUUCGACGAGGAGACCAUAGAACAAGUCCGCAGACAUCCAGAUGUCGACUACAUUGAACGUGAUUCGGAAGUGCAUACCAUGACCGACCCAGCAACCGAGACCAACGCUCCAUGGGGUCUAGCUCGUAUCUCCCAUCGCAACUCUCUCAGCUUUGGCACAUUCAACAAGUAUCUCUACACCGAGAAUGGCGGCGAAGGUGUCGACGCCUAUGUCAUCGAUACCGGCACCAACUACGAGCACGUUGACUUCGAAGGUCGUGCACACUGGGGUAGAACCAUCCCUACAGGUGAAGCAGACGAGGACGGAAACGGACACGGAACUCACUGUUCCGGCACUAUUGCUGGCAAGAAGUUCGGCGUUGCUAAGAAAGCGAAUGUCUACGCUAUCAAGGUUUUGAGAGCAAAUGGCUCUGGCUCCAUGUCUGACGUUGUCAAAGGAGUCGAAUGGGCCACAACCUCUCAUCUUUCAAAUGUCAAGGAUGCAAAGAAUGGUAAGAAUAAGAAAUUCAAGGGCAGCGUUGCCAAUAUGAGUCUGGGAGGCGGAAAAUCUGUUACUCUUGAGCUUGCUGUUAAUGCCGCAGUCGAUAAUGGCCUACAUUUUGCGGUCGCUGCUGGUAACGACAACUCCGACUCUUGCAACUAUUCUCCAGCAGCUGCCGAAAAAGCAGUCACCGUUGGCGCUUCCACUCUGUCUGAUGAACGUGCCUAUUUCUCGAACUUUGGCAAAUGCAACGACAUCUUCGCUCCAGGCUUGAACAUUCUCUCCACCUGGAAGGGUAGCAAGUAUGCCACCAACACCAUCUCAGGAACAUCAAUGGCAUCCCCACAUAUCUGUGGUCUGCUUGCUUACUUCCUGUCCCUUCAACCAUCCAAGGAUUCUGGCUAUGCCGUUGGCGACCUGACGCCUGCCAAGAUGAAGGCCACCAUGCUUGCAAUUGCCACUGUGGAUGCCCUCACCGAUGUUCCGAGCAACACUGCAAACAUCCUCGCAUGGAACGGUGGUGGUAAGGAUAAUUACACCGAAAUCGUCAAGGAGGGUGGAUAUACCGUUGAGGCCAAGUCUUCCGACUGGGAGACUAAGGCUGACCAGCUCAAGAGUGAGCUCAAGCACAUUGCAGAUGAAUUUGAGCACCUUGUACUCGAUUACUAG